CAGAACUUCAUGAUGAUCCCGCAGCAGUCAAAGUGGGUCUUCGGAGGUCUUAUGCUUGCAAUGGCCAGCGUUUUCACCACAUCAUGGAGCAUUCUUCAGACAUCAAUUGUUAAGAACAGUCCAUCAAUGAUUACCAAUCUUCUUCUACACCUUCUUUUUGACAAUUCAAUCCACUGUGUUCUCUCUAUUUAUGGAAAGCAAUCCAAAUGCUUGGAUACUGAGGCCUGACAUUGAGAUGAUCUCCAUUGUCUUCUCAGCUGUAUUUGGGAGUGUGUUCCAUGUUGGUGUUGAAACCUGGUGCUUUUCCCAAAAGGGACCUAUCUUUGAAGCCAUGUUCAGGCCCUUGGGAGUUGCCAUUGCUGCAGUCAUGGUAGUCAUCUUCCUCGGCGAAGCACUUCACCUUGGCAGUGUGAUUGGAUCUAUCAUUAUUGCAAUUGGGUUUUAUGCUAUGAUAUGGGCACAAAUCAAAGAAAAUAGCACCAAAGGUACAGCAAAUGAAGUCCAAAGCUUGGCAUCAUCCACUCAAAAGACCCCUCUUUUGCAUGGAGAGGAUUGUAUGCACCGACAGUGUAAGUGCACUGUCAGUUAUUUUAAUCUCUAAAAAAAUAACAGCCACUCAUCUAAUCCACUCC